CAAUAUUCAGCAACCCUCACAUUAUCACGAAAGAUGGCAUCGAACCAACAAACUAGCUUUGAAAGGUCUUUAGACCUCUUUCGUCGAGAGCUUUCUGAUGAUCAGAUCAAGAAGAUGGAGGGAGUCAAUCAGAAAACUCUGAACGACACGAUCCAGGCAACUCAGAACAUACUGGGGCGCAGGAAUGACCUUUGCAAAUUGACCCGAGUCCAGAGAUUUCUCCACGCAAUGGAGCAUGUUGAGAAACUUGUCGCAAUAUUCCUCAACGCCAGUGACUUCGUGGCUUUCAUUUGGGGUCCGAUCAAGCUGGCACUUAUGAUUGCCACCACCUGGACAGACGCUGUCAGGCAACUAAUUGAUGCUUACGAAGAGAUUGCAGAAGCACUCGGUAACCUCGCCUUCUUCCAUAACCUCAUUCAGAGUAGAGAUCACCUGAAAUUGGUUUUGGAGGAUUAUUUCUCCGAUAUACUUCGCUUCCAUCGAUGCGUUCUAGAUGUUUUUUCUCGUCCAGAAUGGAAAAGACUCUUUAAAUGGGCUUGGGGAAGCUUUCGGCGUGAAGUCAAGCCUAUUCUCGAAAGUCUCAAACGCAAACAGGCUCUGCUAUCAGACGACAAGCUACAAUCCCACGCUAUCCUCAAGGAGGUCCAAGACUCCGACCAGUACGCCAAAGACCAGUUCAGUAAUUUGCAAACCAGUCUCGAAGAUAUAAAAUCUACCUUGGCUUCUGAGCAGUUACAGAGCAAGGCACUGCAAGCACAAGAAAUGAAGACCUACUUAGAAAGUAGAUUGGACGUUUCAAAAUCUCGAACUGACCUUCAAUUGGAACCGCGGGAUCCCAUAGUUCAGGAUUCUGGCAAUUGGAUAUUUUCUAAUCCAACUUUCAAGUGCUGGGAAGGAGGAAAGUCUGCAGCGAAUAGGGUCUUGUUCCUCAAUGGCUCCCCUGGUUCCGGAAAGUCCACCUUAGCAAAGACAAUCAUUCGUCAUCAGAAGCGUAGGCAAGCUUCUGAGUCUCUUGGACGGAGCUUCUUGGCGUAUUUCUUUUUCAAGCACGAUGCAGCGGACCGGAGAACGACUCGGUCCAUGCUCCAACACGUUAUCAUGCAACUUGUCAAUGCAGACGAAACUAUAAUGAGAUUCGCCUAUGAAAAGCUGUCCACCAUGGAGUCCAACGAGCUUGUCGAUCUAAAGACACUCGCAAAUGACUCGCUGACGUCUCGGCCAACGGCAACGCUUGUCCUUGAUGGACUAGACGAGGCAAUGGACAACGAGUACGAGGUUUCUAUCAAUUGGUGUCUAAAUGGACUUUUACCAACUGCAGCAUCAUGUGGCUGUGACCUGAAGAUACUGAUUUGUGGACAGAGGGACGGACGACUUGAUGUGUUAUUAUCGUCUCACCCUCAGAUCCGACUUGACAUGGUUGAUGCUCACCAGCACGACAUCGAGCAGUUCACCAAAGGACAAACUGCGAAGAUACGCGCUAGGUUUUUAUUGACACAACAGGAAGAAGCAAACUUGAUUUCAAAGAUAUCAAGCGCAUCUCAAGGCAUGUUUCUAUAUGCACGAGUGGUGCUCGAAAACCUUGCGGCAAUGGACUCAAUACAGGAAUUCGAAGAUGAACUAGAAGGCGAUACGUUCCCAGAAGACUUGGACCAAGCCUAUGAUCGUAUUGCUCAACGGAUUUUGAAGAAACAUGGACCCUCGCGUCACAAGACCGUGACGAGCAUACUGGGCUGGGUGAUUUGCGCGACAAGACCACUUCGAUGGCGCGAGAUACAGUCGAGAUUCUGUAUCAAUGCAAAUAAGGAGACUUGCAACAUGAGGAACCUGCGUCGAGACAGCUGCAAGAGCAUAUGCAGCUCUCUCGUUGACGUAACGAAUUGCGAUCUGUUUCCCAACAUUGAAUCUGAGCAGGUCAUCAGCAUGGUUCAUGAAACAGCAACCAAAUAUCUGGUCCGCAACGGCACGAUCAAUCUCCUACAGGAGCAUAUCGACAUGGCCCUUUUUUGUUGUCGCUACUUAUCCUCUAAGCCUUUUACCGAAUCCAAGAGCCAAAACAUCAGUGAUGAUAUCCAUUCGGGAUACUUUGGUUUCUUGGACUAUUCUGCUGCUCAUUAUGCACUCCACAUCGAAACGGUAGAGGCCUCGACAGACUCAGCCUUGAAAGCGGAAGCUGUCAAAGCAGCAGCAGUGGAUUUGACAAAAGCCAAUUGCAGGAAAACUUCAGCUGAGGCAGAGGAGGGCGAUGAGACCGCUCCAGACUUGAACUUGGCCAUUCAAGAUAAUGUCCUUGUUGUACGAACCCUUAUAGGCUUACAGCGAGAGAAGUCCGAAUCUGCUGUUUUGGACGCAACCGAGGGACCACUGAGGCACAAGUGUCACAAGAUUCAAUGCUCGAAGUUUGCCAUGGGAUGCUCGAACGAAGCUGCACUCAAAGACCACCUAGCAGUACAUGAGAGACCGUACAGGUGCCCUCAUGUUGAUUGCUUUGCCCAUACAGUUGGCUACGCUUCCUCAAAGCGACUGGAAAGUCAUAAUGAGGCCUUUCACCACAGCAUAUCCAGAGCCAAAGCUGUCUUUCCUGCUGACCUUGAGACUGGCGAAUGGAACCUUUACGAGGCUUGUAAAGCUGGAAAUCUCGACGAAGUUAAGAGAUUCCACCGUGAGGGAGCUAAUCUUUACGGCACUCGUCCAAAGACUGUCCCACCGCUGUGUGCUGCUGUCGAGGCUGGACAUGGUCAUAUCUGCAAGUACCUCGUCGAUAACGGAGUUGGCCCUUUUCGUUCAAUAAUUACGAGGAGCACUACACCAACUGCAGUUGCUACGGCAAUUUACCGAGAGCAUCUCGAGAUCUUGGAAUUCUUUCUGCAUAGCAGCAAUGGCCCAAGCGAUUCCAACUUGGCAGAACACAUUGCCCGGGCGAUACACGCGAACCGCCCAGCCGCCUUGGACAUGCUUUUGACCGCAAAACAGCCUCAGGACCCUGCGGAAAUGAUGGCUCAGGUUACAGAUCAGAUAAUAUCCCAGACCGAUUUGAGAUCAGUCCGAAGGGGUUAUCACUCAUUAGACGCCACGCUGAUACAUGCCUGGUUUCGAUAUGCCAAACCAGAGUUCUACGAUGAGAAGGGGGUAUUCAUUGCACAAUCCAAUUGUACGGAAUACAAGAUCUGGGGAGACCUUUUUUUUCGAGAUCUCGAACACUUCCACAGGGCGCUUCGUGCGAGAUGCCAUUCUCUUGCCACAUUUGCGAUGGAUAUCGGCAAUACAGAUUACUUACAAAUCCGAAAUAAGGAGGGGGAAACCCCGUUACAUUGCUGCAUAAGAGGGCUAUGCCGAGGGGAUUGCAGUAGCUGUAUGUCCUUGGUUCGGCGCCUCACUCAAUAUGAUGGUGGCAAACUCGCCAAUAUUCCGGAUAAUGAUGGCGAACUGCCGGCACAUGUAGCAACGAGAUGGGCUACCUCGGAAGCUGUUUUGCAAGCUGUUCUUGACAACACCGUAGAUAUCAACCACAGGGACAAUUCGGGGCAAAGUCCAUUACAUGAGGUAAUAUCUGCUCACUGGCUUCGCGUGCUGCUGGAGAACAAGUCUGUCGACCUAUUCUGUAGAAACAACAAAGGACAAACCGUGUUUUCUGCAUCAAUCGAUGGCAUUGUCGUUGUGAAUAUGGAGGCUCUCGCGUAUCUCUUUGGGGCAGACCCGAGACUUGCAUGGACGUCAGAUGAGUCCAAAGAGGCACUCACGCCACUUCAUUACGCGAUGAAACUUUCAGAACGCCAUUUUCUUGACUCUUACAGUCUACAAAGCUCAACCAACUCAGCCAAGUUCUUACUUACAUGUUCCGAAGUGCAACGAGUCCUGGUGGAAUAUCAAGCCAAGUCAACUGAUGCCGAUCGGAGAAAGGUGCGAGACUUUGCAAGGAACGAAAUGUUACGAGAAGCACUGAAUAUCAUGGAUUCAAUUGGAUUUAACACUAUCUGACGUUUUAGUGUUGAUAUGAUGCAUAGAUAUGAACAAACCACUUUGUUAUUAUUUGGCUUAUAUACCGUGGCAUGUCCGUUAGCUCGUUAUGAACGUGACGGAACUGGGUCCCAGAGCGCGGAAGAAUAUAUUA